UGAUCCCGCCUUUUACAGACCACGCCCACGGUUCAUAUGGCAACAGUACAAGAUGGUUGACACAGAAGAGGUGCUUCAGUCUCACAGAAACAAACUAAAGGAAGACAAGGAGCGUUUAAUGAGACCUUACAGGGUAGGUAUACUGCCUACUGAUGAAGGAAGAGCUUCUGCUAAUGAAGAAAGAAGGAAACUGAGGAGAGACGAGUACUUGAAGUACAUACAGAAAGAGAACCAGAGGUCACAGUCAGUGGCAGAGCUACGUAAAGAGCUAGCAGAUGAGCGUAAGAAAGAACUACAUUCUUACAGGGACAAGAGCUGGGCUGAUGAAGAGAGAGAACUGAUGAAAUGGUUGAGAGACAAAGGAAAUGUUAAGAGUGAACCAGACCCUCGGUCUUUAUCUGCUCCUGUACCUGGUGGGUGGAGUUUAGGAGCGAAAGAAGAGACAGCAGAAGAGAGAAGAGAGAGGCAGGCUAAGUAUCGAUUGGAACUAAUGGAGCAAAUAAAACAGCAACAAGAAAUGAAGAAUGGACCCCGCGACCCUCUAAAGAAAAGGAACAAUAAUAUCCCACCACACUCGCCUGAAACAAGGGACUCAAGAAGAACAAGAGACAGAGAACACUCUUACAGAGAACCCUCUAAUAGGGAAUCCUCUUACAGAGAACCCUCUAAUAGGGAACCCUCUUACAGAGAACUCUCAGGGAGGGACAGGUCUCAUAAAGAACUCCGUCAUAGAGAAGUCUCACCUCCCAUGGAUGAGUACCGGUUCAGGCCAGGAGAUAGACAUGAGUACAGGUCUCGUUAUUCACCUCCAGACUCCGCCUACUACAGACACCGGAACUAUCCUCCAUCUUAUCCCAGCCACGCCCAUUAUCCAAGCCCCGCCCCCUACUACUACCCUCCUUAUCCACACUAUCCUCCAAUGGCAGGAGGACCUUAUAACCACCCACCACCUCUCCCUCCUCCUUUUGGGUACCCACCACCUCAUGAUCUGCAGUAUGUACCUUCGGCCCCUCGUACCUCCAGGAGGAGAUCACCUGAUGCUAGGCACUCCCCUUCACCUCCUCCUGAGGUCAGGGAAGAUAAGAAAGACUCACGGAUCAGGGAGAGUGCCAAGGAGCCAUUUAAGACCAUCUUAAAGAAGAAAGAAAAGGAGAAAAGAGACAGAGAGAACUUCAUAAAGAGAAUGGAGGAUGAUACUUAUGACCCAUGGGGCCGACCAGGGGGAGGGGCUCCGUUAACUGACGCCUCUGGCAACCUAGUGACUGAGAGAGGACUCAUGAGGAAAUCCUUUGAUGAGUUGAGCCCAAGACUCAGCGAUGAGGAAAAGAAGAGACUGCAGCAGGAGAAACAAAAGGAGGAACUGAUGAAACAAAUUAAUGAAAAAGAAGAACAAAAAAUGAAAGAAAAGCUAGCGAAACAGCUUGAGGAUGAGAAGGAGGAGAACAGAAUAAAACAAGAAAUGAAGUACCUUCACCUUCAAACUGAGAGAGAGAGAGAGAGGGAGAAGGAAAGAGUGGAAAUGAAAGUUACUGACUCAAGCAAAGUGGAGGAGCAAGAUCAGUUUAAAGAUGAAGGACUAUCCAAACAAGAAAUAGUGGAGAAGAAAUAUCGAGAAGAUCUUGAGAGAAAGAAAAUGAAAAAACAAUUAGAGCAAGAAAGACUUGAUAGACUUGCUGAUAAAAUGGCUUCCAGUCACGUUGAUGAUAAUAACUAUCAGCAAUACACCCCUCCCACUGCCCCACCCCCAAGAUCCCCACCAAUCCCAACACUGAGAAAUAAACCAAACACCAUCCAACAGGAACAACCUCCCAUCGAAGAAUCACGCCCCAUUCCCACUCCUUUGAUAGAUAACCCUGCUCCUUCUCAAGCCCCACCCAUUUACCACACCCAGUGUGAGCCUCAAGCUCCGCCCAUUUACCAUACUCAAUGUGAACCAAUAGUGUCACCAUCACCUGAUGUAGUGAGGCUGCCAGUGGAGGGAGAAGGGGCGGGGCUUAAUAAUGGAAUGAAACAGACACUGUCGCUACUUAAGAAUCAGUUAAUUAGAAACCUGGCGCAGUCUGAACAUGAAAGAAUCAAUAACCGUCAAAAUAGAAAUAACAAUCCACCUUCUUUGUUCCAUUCUGAUGUACGUCCUACUUAUGAUUCUCAUUCUGUACCACAACCUCAUUCCCAUUCCACUCAUUCUCAUUCCCAUCGUGUGCCUCAACCUCAUUCCCAUUCCAUGCAACCUCAUGCUCAUUUCACUCAUUCUCAUUUGCGUCAACCUCAUUCCUGUUCCACUCAUUCUCAUAAUCCGGUUCCAAUGAUGAAACCUGUGAUACCAAGAGGUCCAGCACCACCUGAUGCUGUUAAUACUUUCAAUCGUAUCAAAUACGGGGGCCCCCCUACUGAUUCCAGACUCUCUUUCUGGAGGCAGUAUCCGGAGCCUCCUUCAACCACUGAUGAUCUGGAGCUGCAGCAGGAGGCCUUGUUGCAUCACCAAAGGAAGGAAAGAGAGAGAAUCAGUCCUCAUUAUGAUACUCAAGCUCCUCCUCCUCCUCGUGGCCCCUCCCGUCAAUCUCAAGUUACAAUUAAUACAAUAGAUAUUGAGGGACUGGCCGCCAGGAAUGAAGAGAGAAAGAGGAAAUUGGAAGCCAUAUUGCAAGGACGUCAGAACCAACAGCAACAAGACAGGUCUGCUUUGGAUGGUUUUAUGAAAACUUUUAAUGAAAGAGAACCAGAUCAUGUGACCACUGGGGGCGUGGCUUCAAGGGACCCUUCAAGUGUUAGUCUUGAGUGUGACACUGUAUUUCAGACUUUACCUUCAAACUAACUCAAUAACUAAUUAACUAACUGAUUGAUUAACUAACUGUACAAGCAACUGCUAAUAGAGUCAGGUAAUAAUGUACUUUAAAACUA